AUGGCGAAGAAGCAGCAACAGCCCUCCCAGCAGACUGCGGUCUCUUUCGACGCGAUCAUUCAAUCCGGUAAUCACUGCUUGCCUCCCAAUGCCUUCCCUACCCCAGAUCUAACCUAUCCUUCGCGAAAUCUAGAUCGCCGAAAGAAGCAGAAUGAACAACUAGCAAGUCAGCUUCUUGGCAAGAAAAGAAAUGAGAAGGGCCGCCGAGCAAGCGCGCCAGGCCCCGGCGCGAUCAACAGGAUGCCAACCUCGAAGCCGGGGAGCUUGGCCAGUCGCAUCGCAGUUCCGAAGCGAUCCGCAUCGGUCUCCGCCCGUCCUAACCAGACCAACAAGGUCACCAAGGCCAAACCAACCCCUGCCACAGCCCCAUCUACACGAAAAUCAACGAAACCCACAACUCAGCGUCGCACCAAUAUUGAGCGACUUCAGACUGCUCUUGAUUCUGGCAAUGCCCAAGCUACAGUUCGGCCAGCUCGUGCCGGUAUGACCAUCAAGGGUGCUUCCGGGCCCUUUGUGGUGAUUGGAGCCAAUUUUGCCCCUGGAACAACUGCUGCCGAUAUUCAGUCUGCAAUUGAGCCAAUCUCGGGCCCAAUGCUGACCUGCCGUGUCACCUCGCACCACCCUACCGUUACCGCAGAAUUUGCAUUCUCGGAGAAGUGGUGCGCUGAGAACGCGGUCGCCAACUUCCACAACCAAAGGGCCGACGGAAGACUCUUGUCCAUUAAACUACAGCCAGCCGGAACCCAUGUAAGCACCCCGAGCGGCUCUUACAACGACCUUCGAGAGCAAGCAGAUCGCGAACGACGGAAUCGGCGCGCAGAACCGGUUCUUCAGGAUGGCCGGUUUGGAUUCGAUGGAACAGGUGGCAAUCUCAACUCGGAGACUGGUCUAUACAGUGACGAGAUGAUGCUGGAUGCCCCGCAGCAGAAGACCCAAGAUCGGCGGAGACAACGACGGUGA